AUGGAAGUAGAAGCUUAUCUCGCGACAGAUUACGGAGUCGAUGACUUCGCGAGUGUGCGAAAGUUGCUGAAUAAAGUUCCUGAAACGUACAAAAUGCUCAAAGGAGAAUGGGAAUUCAUCAAGGGACUUGUCUCCACGAUCUGCGAAAAUCCCAAGUGGGAAGAUGCCUCUUUCAAGAAUCCUUGCACCGAGAUGAGUAAGAACAGAAGACGACUAAUUCCACAUCAAGUAACAUCCCCGUGGCGUCAAGACAUGCUUACCAAGUUGGUAAAGAAGAAUCUGUCCUGGCGAAAUGUGACCAAGUUCCCCGUUGGAAACAAGUUCCUUGUUCGCGGCCAACGACCAGUGCUCAAACUUCGACCCAAGGUUGAGCCACGCAUUCGGAGUAAAGACUACAAAUUCUACUCUGAAAUGCUGAGAUUGCCGACGCGAACUUUGAACAGAAAAGAGGAAGAAAACGAACUCAUCAGAUCGCGUCCCGAAGAGCUUCGGUUUUAUGACAAAAUGCUCCAGCGAUUGUGGCGACAGAAAACGAAGCCUAAAACGGACUUGCCUAAACUCGGACCUGAACCACUUCAGGGACCAUCGGAACCCCUCGUCUCAUACGAUCAACUCAGCAAGAUGAGCGAAAACGACGUGCUAAUGGCUGGCUGCUCUGGAGCCAAGCAGCGCCGCCUGGGAAACAACGAGGACUCUUAUCCCGAUGGUAUCUUAUUUUGA